AUUAUCUCUAAAAUCCCCGGCUGCUGACCGACAGCUCCUCUUUCCCUCAGCCAGAGGUAAAAAAGGUUAAAAUAUAAAACAAAGAAAGGAAUCAGUUCUUGAAUUCCGUGGUAUAAAUCAGACGGGGGUGUUGAUGCAUGAAAGACUUCCUGUAGAAGCAAUCUCCACCACCGCAUUGCGAUAUGGAAGUGGUGGCUCUGGCUGCUGCUGCGGAGGAGGAGGGACGAAGAAAGCGCGGGAAGAGGAUGAAGGAGUGGAAUAGAUGGAUCGUUAAGGAAUCGGUAGUAAACAAAGAAGAAGAAGAAGAAGAAGAAGAUGAAGGAUCUUUCUCCAUUUUCCCAUCCUUUCCUUCUUCUUCUUGUUGUUCGGCUCUGGGAUUACAGAACCCAUUGGAGGUGCUGGGAUUUGAUUUGAUGAUGAAGAUUCUGGGCAGCCUCGACGCACGCAGCGUGGCACUCUCGUUACUCGUUUCUCACGGCUGGAAUUCGAUCGCUUCCGCUGACCAUCUCUGGGGCUCCAAGUGUGAGGAGCUAUUGCUAGGCAAAGCACAUUUACCGCGACUCUUGCAUACCCAGGGACUGUCGAAGUUGGCUGUCUACUCCUUAUCCGUUACGGAUGGUAAGCGGGAUCGUAUUGGGAGGGCUGAUCUCUGUGAUCAUGCUUGGGAGUUCCAUUUUACCAAGGCAGCUCCAGAGUAUUGGCGAAACCUUGACCCUUAUUGGCAAGGCAAGAAACCCCUGAUGCACCGAUACUUCCAUCCCGAUGGAAGCCAAACUGCAGAUCCUGACGAUCAGGUGUGGGGCGGUCACGAGUGCUGUUACACGGUCGUGACCAGUUUGCUUGGGAAUGGGCAGAUAAGGGAGCAUUACGUCAGGAUUAACAGGUGGCUGCAGUUGGAUGUUCACAGGAAGCAGGAUUGGGGCUGGGAAAUGUCAAACGACAUCUUCAGCUACUCCAGCAUCGCUGAUGGCUAUAGAGAAGGCGGAACAGGACGACCCGUCUGAUCUUGCUAGUAAUGUUAAAUACCCCAACCUUCCUCUUAGUGUGUAUACUACUCCUGCUUAGCUUAGGUUGUUGCUCUAUCUACUACCGGACGAUGAACCUAGCAGCAUGUAGAAUACGUAAUAUCUGUGCAUAUUCUUAGAUACAUGUGAUGUGAUAAUGGGAAAUCUAGUGCUGUGGAAAGAUGAUUUAGGUUGUAUUAAGGUAUUUUUGUUGCUUCAUGUGUAAGAAAGAAGCUAGACAGGAUUGGUAUCCAAGUUUGCCUCUUUAGUUUCCUGGUUCAAAGCACCAGCACAGCUUAUGCCAAAGAGUGGUGGCUGCAGGCCAAUCAAAUGAUCUGUCAUCAACUCAGAAGCAACCAUCAUUUUUCAAUCAGUUCAUCGCUUGUUUUUGGCUCGACUGGCUCUCGUCCGAUGACCUGAGAGGAGAGGACGAGGUAGAUGUUUCGUGUUGUGGCUCAUCCAUUCGGCUCAUCUUGGCGUACUGCUCUGUACCUCCCUACUAAUAUGCUCCAGAGGUUGCAUAUAAUCUUCCACUGAUACUUGUUUGUAGUUAUACAAUUCUCCAGAUUAAUUAUUGCAUAAUAAUUCUUAUCAAGUUAUUUCUUGUUACACAAUUCUUCUUCGUUCAUUUAUAGUUCAUACGUACUUGGACACCAUUUUCGCAUACUCGGGGCUCCACAUGUUCUUCUUCACGUACUCCAUAAUCUCUUCAUCCUCCAGCCGCCGGAGCUCCCGAGCCUUGGGCCUUCCUCUGUGCCCUUCCGCCACAUCUUCUUCGAUCGCCUCCACCACUGCCUCCGCCUCUUUCACCGUUCUAUCCCUCCGGAUAUAUCAGGAUACACUACCCCUUUCCCAUUUCCUCCUCCUAUGGACAUGCCGUCAAGCACCCGCCGCUGCCUGCAUCAUCCCGUCCGAUAUCACCUUCGACCUGGAUAGCAGCGCCAAACCCGAUUCCCGGAAACAGAUACAUAUUGUUCACCUGUACCACUACC